AUGCCUAUGCUUGAAGACUGUUGCUUUGACAAAUCGUCGCCGAAUGACCAGCUGACCGCCGAAAACAUGAAAUACUACAACGAGGACCAGAUUAUUGAUGCCAUUAAUACGUAUAAGCCUAAAAUUUGCAUGGUGGACGAGGAGAAGUUGCAGCAACAGUUGCUAGCCGAGACCACAGGCUCAGUAGAUGAGAUUUAG